GUUAAGUCAGUCUUCAUCUUGGAGAGGAACUCUUUUGUUACAGGAGGUAUAAACAUUCCCGUUAGCAACAAAACUUGGAGUUGGAAAAGAGAUAAAAAGGGAGUCAAAUUCACUCUUUGAUAAUGAAGCCCCCAGCAGCUAUGGCGGUGGGCGAGGAGCCUCCAAUGUUUCUACAGCGUCCCUCCACAGGAAAAUCCCAAGAUGUACGACAUAUUUUGGCCAAAACUUUUCGACAGCUCUACACAAGGGACACUAUUGGUCCUGAUACUGUUAAAAAUCUAAGUGUCUCAAAAGGCGGAGAUGAUGAAUAUCACGAAAGAUAUGUUGAACAGUUACAGAAGGUUUUUAAUGAACGACAGAAGAGAUUAGAAGAAGCUGCCCAGCUGGAGAGGCACAUCAUGCAGGCUCAGGCUCGAGCUAUGUCAGCUGAUGAGAGAGAGCUCAACCGAGUGUCCAAAAGCUGUGAUAAUUAUAGCGAGCUGGGUCUCCCACCUGUAAAGUCCUACUUCAGUUCAUGCAUUGAUGCUGGACUCCUAAAGAAGCAUAAAUUGCUGACCCCAGAGGACUAUUCAACAGAGGACCCAGCCAGUGUGCCCCCUCCAACAGAGCCCUUGGUGCCCAGUUAUGCCCGGGACACUGUGUCCUCCCAGCAGAGGAAGGAUAUGGGUACACUGGAGAGGCGUGGGGAUACACCGCUAUUUCUCCCGGACUUCCUCAGGCAGAGCACGGACCUAGCUCUGUACGAGGCUGAAAACACAGGGAUACAAAAUGAGGAGACACCCUCUCCUGUUGUGGAAUCUCUGGAUAAACCUGUGGCUGCCUGGAAGCUUCACCUGAGUGAGGAGAAAAGAGAAAUGGACAGAAACGACCUGGCCAACUUACAAGCCAAGAUAAACUUCCAGCGUAAUCCCCGCCAUGUGCCCCCGUCAGCUCCCCCUGGUGGCAGAACUCUGAUUAAGGACAGUAAACCAAAACCAAAAGAAAUCGGUAUUCAGCGGAAAGAGACCAUCAGUGUGGUACCUGAGCCUUCAGUGGUGUUUCUUGUCUCUCCACCCAUUGUCAGAUUUACAGAUUACAAAGUAGGACAGGUUUAUGAGAUCACCUUAGAGUUGAAAAAUGUGUCGGCUUGUCUGCGUCAAUGUCGUGCUUUGCCCCCCUCUUCAUCAUACUUUAAUAUUGGACUCGGUCAGUUCCCAGGGGAGCAUGGGUUAGUGGCCCCGGGGAUGAGCUGUCACUACGGUAUCAGGUUUGCCCCGGACUCCUUGAUUGACUACGAUGAUGAGAUAAGGAUCCAGACGCAGUCCUCAGAGCCCAUUAUUGUUCCCCUACAGGGCCGACGACAACCUCCCCUUAUAUCAUUACCCAAGGUUCUGGAUGUUGGCCACUGUCUGGUGGGAGGUGUCCACAUCGGUCAGUUUAUUGUAAAGAACGAGGGAGGAAGUGGACGCUUCUGUGUCAUCCCCCGCUCCUCCUGGCCAGCCACCAACUUCAAGAGUGUGGUGACCAAUGGUAAUGUGAAGAUCCCCCCGUUUGAUGUGCGCCCCUCCAUGCUGGAGUUGAUGAAGGGGGAUACAGGAAUGCUGGAGAUAGUCUUCGCCCCUCAUUCUGUCCGCAGUUACAGUCAGGAGAUUACUAUUGUCUGUGACAACUGCCAUGUCAAGCACUUCACACUGAAAGGUGAAGCCCAGAAAGCCGAGGUAGAGUUGCUAUCUGUGGAGCGUGGAUUGUCUGCCGUAUUGCCGGGUGAACUCUCUGAUGUGUCAGCUGAGAAUCUGAUCCGAUUCGAUGAACUAAACCCUUUUACCUACACAGACAGAAGUAUUGUGGUUAAAAAUAAGACAGAUGUGGAGCUGCCUUUCCAGUGGGUGAUUUACAAACCGGACAUGACAGACACUGAUGAGCUGGACAGGAAGCCUGACCGCGUGCCUGACGUGGACUCGGUGUUCAGUGUUCAUCCUCCCAGUGGAAUGCUCCCCCCAGCCAAGGACAUGGAAUUCAAGAUCACAUUUGCUCCUCCAGUGGUAGAUCUAUUUCACAGUGUGCUACAUCUUCUACUACAACAAGUGCCACCCUACAGUGGGAAUGGUUCAGCUCAGUCUGCCAAAAGUCAGAAGCCAUCUGAGGAGCAGACGAGUUCAAGUGGUGAGGACACCGAGGAUGAGGAGGAGACCAUGUCAGAGAUGUUCAUGAACUCAGACUUGAAACAGUUUAAAGAUGUGACAGCUCUGGAGAUAGAGGUCAAGGGUAAAAGUGUUCCACUGAAUGUGGUACUUCAUCCCUACGCUGUGUAUGCCCCGGGCCAGAACCUUGUAGGCACCACUAUAAAGAAAAUGGUCACUAUGGCUAACCACAGCAGAUCCACUGUAACAUUUCAGUGGCAGCCACAUCAUGAGAAGACAAUCAUUGAAGUGGAACCACCAUUUGGAGAACUUGACCCAGGUAUGGCAAUGGAUCUGGAGUUAAGCAUCACGGGCUCGGAACCAGGCAAAGUGGACCAGACAGUGUACUGCUACGUCAUGAAUCUGGAUGAACCACUUCAUCUCCAUGUGGAGGCAGAGUUCAAGGGUCCUGAGAUCUCUGUAGAGGAACCCGAUGUGGACUUUGGUUUGGUGCGACUUGGAGAAUCUGUUACAAGGGAGAUUACUCUGACAAACCUAGCACAGGUCGUAACUGUCUGGAGCAUACAGGACGUGUCCGAUAAUUACAGCUCCGAGGACGCAAUGGCUGAGUGUGAAUUUAAAUUCAUGCCCUCUGGUGGUGAGUUGAAGCCUCUGGAACAAAAGAAGAUCAGCAUAGAAUUCAAACCUUCCUCUGUUCAUACACUCCAAGCCAUCUUUGAAGUGCAGGUGGAAGAUGGAAAUAAAAUUAACGUAUCAGCCUUUGGGGAGGUGCAGACCCCCGCUGUAUGUUUCUCCUCCUGUCAGAUUUGUAUGGAUGAGGUAUAUAAAGGAGUCCCGGUCAAGUACCAGGCAAUUCUCAUCAACCAGACGCUACUCCCCACUCAGUUCUCUCUUGGACAGGUGGAGGGGACCCACAACGAAGACUGUGGGGUGGAGCUGGAUGUAACCAGUGGGGUGCUUGGCCCCCGGGAAGAAAAACCCAUCACAGUCAGCUUUGUGGCCUAUAGAGAGGGUGAAUUUUCUGACCUCCGAAUCCCUUGUAUGGUAGAAGGGAUUGAGAGUCCUCUAUACCUGGGACUGUUCUGUGAGGUCAAAGGUCUGGCUGCUAACUUCAAGGUCUCCGACAAAGGGCACAUGGCAAGUACUUUCUCUGAUAAUCUACACCUGGACUUUGGUGAAGUGGAGCUGGGGUCUACUUCAAGGCUGUAUCUCCACAUCAGAAACGAGUCAGCCAUUAUGGCCCCAUACACAGUAGCUGUAGAAUACUUUUCUGCUAAACCCCCCACCCCACCACAAGAACCUGCUGACAGAAACAUGACCACUGGUCAGAGGAGGGCCCUCCUACAGAAAACCCCCAACCUGGCUGAUCCCAUGGCAAAGACCUCAGCAAGGGCUGCCAGUGAUUCGUACCGUGUUAUGCUGAGUCAGAAUUUAGGGGCUGCCUUUGUGCCUAACCCUUCCUCUGGAACAUUGAUGCCUUUUGGGGAGGAGAUUAUUGAUGUGACAUCUUGCUGUGAUAUGUGGGGCAAAUACUCAGAUAUCAUGACCAUCAAGGUGGGGGAUAUGUCCCCAGUUUCCGUUCCUAUCAGCAUGACCGCUGUGGGCUGUCCACUCAAAUUCCAAAUGACUGCCGCCCAGCCUGACCAGAAACCCAUCAUCAGGUUUGGUACUCAUGUGUCUGGAGUAGCCCCUACUAACAGAACUAUGAGGGUGAACAAUACCAGUCCAUUUGAUCUGAGGGUAGACUGGAGUGUUUUCAAUGUAGAGAAAGAGGACAAGAAAACUCUGGAUUUUUUUUCUUUUCCAAAACUGGACAACCAAGGAAAAACAUGAAGGUAGGAGCUUUUUACAUUGUACAAAACCUUAAAAAAUCUUUCAGUGCCCAAACCGGUUAAGAGGCAGCCCUCUGACUUCAUACCUAACACCCCUUCCACCUCUGCCGGAUCCACCCGUACACAAGUCAGUACCAAAACAUCCCAGCCCAUCCCCACAGAGGCUGAGCUGAUGGCCAAGAGGAUUCCUAUUAUCUCUGUGUUUCACCAGGCUCACGAGGGUGUGCCUGCUCAGGCUCCGUACAGUGUUAAAGCUAAACAACUGGUGAUCCCAGCCAGGGGUUUUGCCAGUGUAAACUUUGCCUUCACACCCUUCCCUACAGAGGAGGUAAUCAAGGACAUGGAUUGUUAUGGAUUUGCCCUGGGUUACAUGAGUUUGGACAAGGGAGCUAAAGUUGAAGGUAAAGUGGAGAGAGGUCAAGGUUACAAUGUGGAGCCAUUAAAACUAGACAUGACAGCCCACAUCAAACCAGCACUAUUGACCAUGGAGUGUCAUGAUGAUGAGGGAAUGAGAUACAGAUCAGCCAUGAGUGAUCUGUUACAGGAUGAAGGCCAAGUAUCCAGGGAGAGUUUAAGAAUCAGCACUGCCAUGCUGUCCAACAACACAGAGACUCCUCUAGUGUUUAGGAUGAUGACCAAGAAGCCAUUCCUAAUGGUGGAUGUCGAUCCCACUACCAAUGAGGAAUUGUCUGACAGAACAACAGCCACUCAGAUGCAGACUCUACGACCUAAUCAUAACCUUAUUGUACAAGUGGCCUUCCAGACCAGCCUUGACCUUCUCCCUCAAGGUGAGGGGUCACCUGUGUCAACGGCUGAUACGGCGGAUACCAAUGUCACAGAGGGCAAGAAGCUAGAAAUCCAGGACAACCUUAUUAUAGAAUUUAACAAUUCCACUACACAGAGAAUUCCUCUUUAUGCCACUUUAUCCCUGCCUCAGAUGGAACUGUCCACAGAAUCCCUGGACUUUGGUACAUGUCUAGUGGGACAGAGAAGGGAGCGACAGAUCCUCAUUUAUAACAAGACAGCCUCCCACUCCUAUUGGACAUCCUUCAUGGACAACUGUUCAGACACUUGUGCACAGAACACAUUUUGUGUGGAGCCAAGCUCUGGGACAUUAGAAGCCCACAUAACCCACAUCAGUGACAGCAAAACACUGCUCAGGGUGUACUUCACUGCCAAGCAUGCUGAGAUGUAUGAGGGGGUGUAUAAAUUCUGUGGACAGCUGGGAGAGGAAUCACGUACACUGUACCUAUUUGGUCAGGGAUCGUAUGAUGGAAAACAUGAGGCCAUCCUUAAUGUGUAGGCACGUCACUGAUGGAAUCGUCAACUGUGAUAGCAGAAAGUUCUUGUGAUACUUUGAACAUAUAUAUUCUUUAAUACAUUGUAAUUUUUAUAUCCAUAAGAGAACUACUGUAUAUGAAUAAAAUGUUGUUU